GAGGACCAUGCUGGUCGACUGGGCCAUCCUCGAUAUAUUUGAGGUCAGGAUUACCGCGUCAGUUGUGUGGCAUUGCGACUUCUCGGAUAUCUUUUGGAGAAUGGCGCAGCUCAGGACGCUGGCAGCAAGAGCGAGAGUAACCCAGAUGUCUGGCAGCUGCUCAAGGCAAGGCAUCCAGCCAUUCUGGAAUACAUGAUUGUGAACACAAUGGGCGUGGAGGCAUUGACUCGUUUCUCUUGCUGGUUUGCAUUGGAACGCGUAGUGAAAAAUGAUGAUGGCGCUCGAUGGUUGAUAAAGACGGGAAAAUGCGCAGAGAUGGUGUCGGCAGCUCUGAAGGAUACCAGUACCUAUGUGAUUACGGCAGCAUGCUGCUUUCUUGUCGCCAUUAUCGAGAAUCGAAGCAUUGAAGCGCAACGGAUCACUGCCCACGACACACUCUUGGACACGUUAUUGGAGUCGAUCUCAUUAUAUAAUUUGAUCCACACCAUGAUGACAGAUCAAGACUCGGAAAGGAACCGAGUAGCAGGCCUAGAGUUCCUCUGGAUGAUAACGAACGCCAGAUCUGAUCGUGGUGCAGCAUUCUUACGACAAAGUCAGCUGUUCUUCUCAUACAUGGAUCUACUCACGGAUGACUCGCGUCUUGUCAGAAGCAGGGCAUUGGACGUUCUCUCGAUCUUAUUAGAAUCGGUCUCCAACCCUCUCAGUGUAUUAGGGAAGGACCUCACAACACCAGAUACGAUGGAGCUGGACAAGUCCGAUGACCAAGCCCUGUUGGAAUGCUUCAACUAUCUGCUAGACCACGAUGUGCUUUCGUUGAUAGUAUUAACGGAUUCACUGAAGGCGCUUCACGUGGCCACAGGCAUUCUGGAUGCCAUUAUAAAGCCGCUUCAUCAAAGCGAAGAAGCACAUGGAGCAGGAUCUUCAUUUAAACAUGUCGUCCUCUCGACCAUUCUCUGGAUCAUUCAGGCACUGCAGGAGACCACAGAAUCAGAUAAGAGCGUUUCAGGCAACAACAGCACUAGCACGAUCGUCAUUCAGGGCAGCGGAAAGCUGGCACAGCAGCUGAACCAGCUUGGGUUUCAGCAACUCGUCAGGACCCAAAGCCGCACCAAACCAUCUCGAGGUGCUGCAGCAAGAGGGGGUACUCUUCCAAAGACGAUUGCACUUUCAGCACUCAAGGCUCUCCAAGGCUUGGCGCACCUUUUCCCGGACGCGACGGAAAAGAGCCCUGCGAUCGAGAUCGUUCUUUCGGUGCUGUUUGAUCAUAAACUGUGCUCGGAUCAGAGAGUUUUCAAGGCAUGUUUGACAACCCUACCAAUCGUCAUGAAAACCAAAGUACAGAACGGCCAGUUACUGGAUGAGCAACUUUUUGCGAGCGCUAUGACAGUCAUCCUUGGACUCUUGCAGAAACCGGCCGCAAACAGCACAUCAAUUAAACUCGUCCUCACGGCGGUCCUUGAGUUCUUUUCCGACGACACACUUGGCGGGAUUCUCGCGCAUGAGGACUAGAUCUGGCCAACGGACUUGGCAUAAAACUAUACGACAUGGAGUGGGACGUGCGCGACACUGUUAUUGAGUUUAUUGGCAGACUUUUUGAUGUGGGGGGGCCGAAGCAUGGCGUUGAGUGGGCGCUUAAGCACGAUCUCCU